AUGAAAGCUGCGUUACCGGAAAAAUUCCUAUUUCUCUCAGGAUUUCAUAAGAACAACGAGAUUUCGAAGUACCGUAGUCCGCAGAUCGACCUCAAAGAAGCUGUUUACUCCCUAGCUGCGGCGGUCCUAUAUGCCCGACACUCACAGUACGUUGAAUCCCUCGAGGAGCACACUGACGUCCUUCGGCGCGGUUCCUCCCUUCUCUCCCGCGCACCUGUGUGGUUCAACAUCGGCUCCCUCUGGGCCUCAGUGGGCGAUCUCCGUCGAGCCUUGGACGCAUACGAGCUUAGUAUCAACGAGGAUCGUGAAUUCACAAUAUCAUGGUUUAGUAAGGGGGUCUGUCAUUUCCUACUGAGAGAGUAUUGCGAAUCUAUGAUUACUUUCAGGAAGUGUUCGUCAACCUUUAAGAUGUUUUCCCAGGUUACAUUAUUCGAUGACUAUAGUCUGGAUUUUGUUCUUGUGAAGGAUGAUGUCGUGUGGAAUGCCAACGUUGCCAAACGCCGCUAUAAAAUGCAAAGUGCAUUGUGUGGAGUGGACGAUCUCGAAUCAAAGCUACGGCGUGGCCAUCUUAACCUGUUUCUUGGACCGCAUAAGGAUUGCUUUAAAUUGGACGAGAUGUUCUUAAAGAAGGGCGGAUCUAGAUUGAAGGGGGCUCUGUCAUUGAUCCCACGUCCACUAACUAUUCGAAAGCGUUCUUGCCACAUGCACCGGAAGUUUGCUUAUGUUGGUUUUUCAGACAUGCAAAAAGGUGAAACCAAGGUCGUUCUUAAAAUCCCAGUCUCCAGAGGACAAUCGACAGCAAAUUCUAAACCCCAAGGGCCACAGGGUAAAGCUAACACUACUGGGAUAUCACGCUUUCCGUCUGUUAUCCCGCGCAAACGAAUUCCCUCCUCACCAACUCUAUCUUCCAGCAGAGGGCAAAGUUCCUGUGAACGGGCCGUGCUCGUAAAUACGUUCCCUCUCCCACCACCAACUCUAAGGAGAAGAGGGCAUGGAGCUGGCCCUCACUUUGUGGCUGGGCAAGAUAGGACCCGACUUUCAGGGGUAGAUCAGGUGCCCUCCUCCGUAUUUCCCGCACCUCCUCAGCCAUGUCCAAGCUUGAUGCAGCGGGGGCUACAGCGGAUUUCAAACCCGUCCGUGGAGAAUGCCUGUAAUGAGAAUAAUCAUGAUGUUAAUAAGAAUACCACAGCUACCCAACUGCGCACCCCUAACCCCAGCUCCGAGCAGCAGCAUUACCAAGGCCAUUUCUCCAGCUCGUUCACGACCAAUGCCGCUGAUAUAGAUUAUGACAGCAACACUACGGAACAAAACAACCAUGGAAAUGAGACCAUGCUCUGUGUCUUAGGUUUUGACAGGACACCUGAAGAGCUAAACAGGAGCGAUACACACUCACACAUUACCACUCCUUCCGUUGAAACAUCCUUGUCCCAUGAAACCUUCUAUUCGGUUCCUGAAGGGUCAAGUAAUAGGAUAAGCGAAACGGCGCCAUCGACGCCAUCAUCAACCUCAUGUUCCAUCUCCGCUGCUAGCGUUUUCCAAAACAAUUCCCCAAACCCGCACCUUCGUCCACGGAUCUUUGGCAGUAUUUUGAAUUUCCUAUCAAUUACUGAAACGGGGGACAUAGCGCGCAGUCGUCGUCGCUAUGUUGGUGUUGGUUCUUCCGUAGCCGGGACGAAUGAAUAG